AUUACUACUACACUACCAUAAGGUAAAGAACAGAGAGCCAUGGCUCUGGCUCCGGUACCAUCUCCAACGAUCGGAGCACCCUUCGCCGGCGAUGUCGACAUGGGCAUUGAUUCAAAUCCACCCAUGGUUCGAGUCACCGUCGUUCAAGCCUCAACUAUCUUCUAUGACACUCCCGCCACUUUAGUUGGAUCAAUCCUGAAUUACAGAGACACCUCGUUUUCAUUUAACUUACGAGCAGAUAAGGCAGAAAGAUUGAUCGCAGAUGCUGCCUCAUCUGGGUCGCAAUUAAUUGUGUUUCCUGAAGCGUUUAUCGGUGGUUAUCCGCGCGGAUCCACCUUUGGUGUCACAUUUGGUUAUCGUACCGCCAAGGGCAAAGAGGAUUUCCAGAAGUAUCAUGCUUCAGCCAUUGAUGUGCCUGGUCCUGAAGUUGAAAGAUUAGCAGUAAUUGCUGGAAAGUAUAAAGUUUAUAUAGUUAUGGGUGUAACAGAGAGAGAUGGAUACGCGCUCUAUUGCACAGUUCUUUUUUUGGAUUCCCAUGGGAAUUACCUUGGAAAACACCGUAAACUUGUGCCAACAGCAUUAGAACGUUUAAUAUGGGGAUCUGGAGAUGGAUCAACUCUUCCUGUGUAUGAGACUCCUAUUGGGAAGAUAGGUGCUGCCAUUUGCUGGGAAAAUAGAAUGCCUCUACUAAGAACAGCAAUGUAUGCUAAAGGCGUUGAAAUCUAUUGUGCACCUAAUGCUGAAGCCAGAGAUGUAUGGCAGGCAUCCAUGACACACGUUGCCAUUGAGGGCGGAUGCUUUGUUCUCGCUGCAAACCAGUUCUGUCAAAGGAAAAACUACCCACCUCCACCUGAUUAUGUAUUUGUGGAUAGAGAUGAAGAACUCUCACCAAACUCUUAACAGUUUUCCACAGUGUUCUUCUCCAAAUGACCAAUGAUUGUGAUUACAGUCAGAUUACAUUGAAUUUGAAGUACCAACAGAGAAAUAGAGAGAUUUUCAAGGUUAUAUUCACACUAAAGUUCAGAUUUUUACUUGUUUUGGUUCAUUUAAGUCACUGGAGGAUCAUAUUCCCAUAGAUGUGUUGUGCUAAGUUAUCAAUAAUAAGCAGAUUCUAGUGUUUGCUCUGGAUCCAUUCAAUGUAUAAUGAAUUUUUCCGUAGGUUGCCAAAAAGGUUUGCAUUGCAUCUUGUGUUUUACAGACUAUAACAUUUCAGCAAUGAAACAUGUGGAUGGUUCUAAAUAAGAAAAAAGUUGCACCUUUUAAAUAAAUAAACAAAAAAAUGCGUACACAUGGCUCAGAUUGUUUUCUGUGGAAGAAAACCAAAUUGUAAUUAUUUGUCUUGACCGAAGGCAGGAGGAAAGUAAUCAUACCUAGAUCAGCAGAAAUGAGGGCCUCCCCUUCAUAAUUCGGUCCCGCCAAAACUGCGCCUGAUGGUGAAAUAAUGACACUUCCCCCAGCACAUACAACAGAAAGGGCGUGAGUGUUAAAAAAAAUUAAAUUAGGAUGAGCUUUAACUAUUACACCCCCUCUCUUAGAUGCUAUGCUUAUGUAUGAAGUUUUAUUCUUAUGUUUCAUAACUUAAUGAUACUAUCAGUACUGAUGCUUUUGACACAGCAGUAUUUAGGAAUCUUUUGAUUCUCCUGUCACUCUGGGUGUCAUUAACAGUCUGGAAAAACAAAUACAUAUUGGACUUUAGUGUAGGAUACUGAUGCAUACUUCUAAGGUUUUGAGUCUUUUGACUUUAAAGUAUCAGUAAGGAUAAUCAUAUCAUAAAUCAGUUUUAAGAAGCAUGUUUUGGAUAUGUAUGGAUGCACUGGAAUCCCCAGCCAAGGUGUGGAUCUUAAGCAAAUACAGGCCCUCAUGAUUGCAAGUGUCUUAAACUGCACAAGUAAGAUGGGAUCAAUAAAACCGUAGAUUAUCUCCACACACCCCCCACCCCCCACCGCGCCCACCCCAACCCCCAAAAAAAAAAUAAACAAAAAAAAAAAACACACACACACACAUAUAGAUAAAGGGAAAGAAGGGAAGACUUCACUUUUCCAUAGACACCCCAAGCUGAACUUAAUGAAAGCCACCCCACCCCAAUGAAAGGAAAAA